UAAACGCAGAUAAACACAUUUCCUCAGCUGCCCGUACUAUGUUAUUAUGGUGGCAGAGUUGAGUGCAAUAAGUGAUCUCUGUGUGCACUUCGGUGGUUCAUCCUCCAUUCUUGUUACACGCCAGGCAGGCUGUUGUUUAUCUUUCCCCCUUUUUUUUCUUUUUAUUCUAGUUUUAUGUCGGGCCGGGUGUAGUUUUUCAGCGUGUACGUGGGCUUCGGUUUCUCAGACGCCACAGCAGUAGCGAACUGUUGAUCGUAAAGUGACUUUACAUUUUAUUUUUCCUUCUCCACCGAGAUCCAGCGCGAGAGAUGGAGAGCGAGACAGGCACACAGACCAGCUCUCCUUCCACCAGUCCUACUCCUGCUGAACUAAGGAAUGCCCUGCACCAGAGCCCCCCCUUCGGCACAGUCAUCCCGAACCGGAUCUUUGUAGGAGGGAUCGAUGUUAAAACCAAUGAAAAUGAUCUCAGACAUUUUUUUUCUCAAUACGGAAUGAUUAAAGAAGUGAAGAUUGUUAUUGAUCGAGCUGGAAUAUCAAAAGGGUACGGCUUUGUCACAUUUGCGACUCAGGAGGAUGCGCAGAAAAUUCUGCAUGAUGCUGACAGGCUGUGCCGUGAUAAAAGGCUAAACAUAGGCCAGGCUAUUCGCAAACAGCAAGUGGCAGGACACUCAGGCAGUUACAAUAUGGGAAGUCCAAGUCCCUCUCUGGCUGUCCCAUCUAUGUAUAACACCAUGUACCUGACCACCCCAACUGGAUAUCCCUACACCUACCACAAUGGAGUCGCCUACUUCCAUACCCCAGAGCCCAACACACACAUGCCACACUGGCAUACUCCACAUCCGAUGUCUGGAUCUCCUGUCAUGGUGACACACUCUGCUUCUUUCUGCACUCCUCAUCAGUGCCAGGCUUCUCAGUAUGUGACUGGGCAUGUGCCAUGGACAGUUCCUCAGGUGGAGUCUCCUGUGCCUGUCAGCCCGAGCCCUUUUUUGUAUAUCCAGCCUGCUGAGUUAAUGUAUCAGACCAUGGAGAUGCCUGCAGACUAUGGUUAUGUUCAGUCAGCCAUGCCUGUGGUGGAGGCCGCUGUUCCUGAGGCAUGUGUGGAUCACAUGGUGCAACCUCCAUAUCAGAUUUGUAUGCAGAGUCCUCUCAUUCUGCCGCAGGAUGGAGUUGAGCAUGAGCAAAAGUUCCACCAAGUCAGACGAGGUUUCUCCCACUUGCCAGUCCACAUGAAGCCCAGGUACUGCCGUGGCCCUCAUUACACCCACCUGCGCAAAAACUACCGUCCGGAACUGGCCCAUGCGGCUCCUCCUCCUGCUUCCUCACCUACUGAAUGCUAAAAUAGAGGCCUUCUUGCUGUAGGGUGUCUCUCACACCCUGCGUGUUCUGCUGCACCUCACAUCUCAGCACACCUUGCUGCUGUCUGCACAGACAGUAACUGUGUUUACUCUGUCAGAACAGAGAUCAAGCCCUAAACACAACUUGGCUCUAUCCAGCCUAAGCUCACUGCAUUUAAAACAAGCUCUACUAAAUAUACUCAUAAUAUCUUGAUCAGACCUACACACUACCAAGCCUAGCCUAUCUACCAGACCUACACUGAAAGUAGCAUUGCCAAACCCGAAUGCAAACUGGCCUAGAAUCUGCAUACAAUACACUAGUAACUACAAAGAACUAAUCCUCUAUCCAAACAUACACUAGUUAAUUCUCUCUACCUUAACUAAAAAUCCAAAUGCUAUAUUAAAUGAACAAGGACCUCUGGAAAAAAUAUACAACGCUGUAUAAUUCUGAAUUUUGUAGUGCUUACAGUAUUGUUCAGCCUUUUUUC